UUCACAGCGCGCGCUCCGCUCUGCUCAGAACAUUGCCGGUGCGUGCUGCUGUUGGCUUCCCGCGUGCGCGCUCUCCCUUCUGUCUCUCCGUGUUUCUCCAUCUCGCGCACCUCCACUUGCAGCCACCUCUUCGCCCCGCAAUCCCAGCGACGACCCCAAAAAGAGACGAGACGAGACCAAAGCAAAGCGCAGCAGUGACGGAAUAUAAAGUGGAAGAUGGAGGAAUGAUGAGAGGACGGUGUUCUGGGAGACAGACAGGAGAACCGCUGUCGCAUAGGACGAGGAGGAGGAGGAGGAGAAGGGACGGAGGAGAGAGGGAAGCAGUCACAUCUGCCGUGACUUUGGGGAUUUCUCUCUGGCAAAGUGGGGAGAAAAGGGGGAGACGCCACAUUCUUCGGAUGCCAAAAAUUCACCGUGCGUGAGAGGAAUCAUUAACAUGUGUCGGAAUUACCAUUGUGGACCAACAUGUCGAUUGUGGCGACCUUUUGUCGUUUUUCUCUUCUGCAAUUUCGUAAGUUAAGGUAACGUCUGCUUUGACAUAGUUGCGCGCGAGCCCACUGUAUGUCAGCUUUGAAUAAUACUGUUGCCAGGGCUGUUUAUUUUUAUGUUUUAUAUUUGAAGCAUCCUUUGGAAAGUGUUUGGCCUCCCAGGGUGAUUUGUUUUGGGGGUAAAGGAGGACGGUUUUAGGAGGCGAGACCCCCACCUGCUCAUCCCCCCUUACAUAAAUGUUUGCGUGCCGUUAGUGCUCUCGCUCUCGGUCGACCCCCCCUCUCCCUCUGAAUAGGUUGCUGAGUCUCACACGCAGACAGACGCAUCUCACAGGCCUGUGCACACAUAGACACAGAAGGACCUGGACAUCAUCUCACGCGCACGCAAACACACAUAUCUCAUAUGCAUACAUAAUUACACAGACAGACCUCACCCCCUUCUCCUCCUCACCCACCCAACCCUCUCACACCCCCCACUAUCUGAUGACUUCCCGGCGUAGAGGUGGACGUGGUACGGAACCGACUGUAGCAUCAUCACCAUCCUCAACACCACCACUGUCAUCACCACCACCAUCCUCCUCCUCCUCCUGCUCCUCUUCCUCACUACCACCAUGUCCUCGUCGUCGCGCAAGAUCUCCUCCGAGUCGUUCAGCAGCUCGGUGGGCUCGGACUGCGGGCUGGAGAGCCCAGGGGGAGACGGAGGGGACGGCGGGCUGGAGCCGGCGGAGGAGAGCCGAGGCUGCCCCUUCUCCUCCUUCCACUCCUCCCACAGAGCGGUGCUCUGGAACGGCCGCAGCCCCGCUGACAGGUCGGCGUGCCCGGCGGGCGAGGAGCAGCAAGGACCCCACAAGAGGGUCACCAGGAGGAGACGGGUGAACCUGGACUCGCUGGGGGAGAGCCUCAGGCGGCUGACCUCACCCACGACACAGACUGUUCAGGAGGCUCUGCAGCGAACGCUACACUUCUACAGACAACAAGAGAUCAGGUGUCAGGAAGUCGGCAGUGAGGAGAGGCGAAGAGAGAAGAACGAGGAGAAGUGCCCGUUUCUAGAAAAUUCUGGUUCAGAAGAAGAUGUCCUACAAAUCCUGCAGUACAUGGCCACCAUACUGGGAGUACCAUUCUGUGAGCUGCGAGAGCAUUUUGGAGAGGAGUUCUUCGGCCUCUGCUUUGAAGAAAAUGAAAGAGUGCUGCGGGCUGUGGGCGGCAACCUCCAGGACUUCUUCAAUGGCUUUGACGCCAUUUUGGAACACAUUCGCACCUCCACGGGGCGCCGUGCCUCAUCAGAGAGCCCCUCCUUCCAGUGCAAGGAUCCCUAUGAAGAGGAGACGGGGAGAAGAAAAUUGGACAAAGUUGGAGAGAGAGAUGGAAAAGGGAAGGUGUUGCUUCUUCAUUGUUUCAACCCUGCCCCUGUUGUUGGAUUGGUCAUGCCGGGGUUAAUCAAAGCUGUUGCCAAGCGGAUCUUUCAUGCAGAAGUUGAGGUGGAAGAGGUGCCACCUCUAACUCCCUUAUUGCCUAAUGAAGAUACAGAACACACAGACGGUGACUCCACAACCCCCACCCCGACUGCGUCCCCCACUGCCUCACCCUCCUCGUCCCCUUCCCCUCCCUCUCCUUUCCCAACCUCUGUUCCUGCAGUUUGCUUGUCUUUCCAAAUCCAGGAGACGAGCCCCCCUUCCCUCUCCUCCCUCCCAAAUUCUGCCUCAGUGAGCACUAAACGCCCCCCACUUUCACUCUCCACCAACCCCAGUGAUCUGCGCAUAGGCCUGGCGACGUUUUGCCGUGCCUUUCCAUUUCACCUUGUCCUGGGGCCUUGCAUGGAGCUACUGCAGCUUGGAGAAGGAUUGAGGAAACAGACUCGCAUUGAAUCUCACCGGGGCCUCUCGUUCAAGGACUUUUUUGAGAUUGUCUCACCCAAGAUGGAUCCUUCGUUCCAGGGCAUCCUGCUGAGGCUUGCAUCCCCAUUUACCAUCCGUACCAGGCCUGAUACCACACAAGCUGGCACCAAGGAGAAGGUCAUGGAGUUGAAGGGUCAGAUGAUCCAUGUGCCCGAGUCCUGCUCCCUGAUGUUCCUGGGCUCGCCACGUGUUGAUAAGCUGGAGGAGCUGAUGGGCAGGGGCCUCCAUCUGUCAGAUAUCCCCAUCCACGAUGCCACACGGGACGUUAUCCUGGUGGGGGAGCAGGCCAAGGCCCAGGAUGGACUAAAGAAGAGAAUGGACAAACUUAAGGCCACAUUAGAGCGGACUCACCAGGCGCUGGAGGAGGAAAAGAGGAGAACCGUGGAUCUCCUCUAUUCCAUAUUUCCAGGUGAUGUGGCACAGAAACUGUGGCAGGGCCAGCCAGUGCCUGCUCGCAAAUUUGAUGACGUCACCAUGCUGUUCUCAGACAUCGUGGGUUUUACUGCUGUGUGUGCCCAGUGUACACCCAUGCAGGUCAUCUCCAUGCUGAAUGAGCUUUACACACGAUUCGACUACCAGUGUGGCAUUCUGGAUGUUUAUAAGAUUGAAACAAUAGGCGAUGCCUAUUGUGUGGCAGGAGGACUUCACAAGAAGGUUGAUAGUCACGCGAAGCCAAUUGCACACAUGGCUCUGAAAAUGAUGGAGCUUUCCGAGGAAGUGCUGACACCUGAUGGGAAGCCUAUCAAGCUAAGGAUAGGUAUCCACACGGGUUCGGUGCUGGCAGGUGUGGUCGGGGUUAAAAUGCCACGUUAUUGCCUGUUUGGGAACAACGUGACACUCGCCAGCAAGUUUGAAUCGGGGAGCCAUCCGAGGUGUAUCAAUGUUAGUCCCACAACUUACCUGUUGCUGAAGGAUGACCGCUCUUUUUCGUUUGUCCCUCGCUCACGGCUGGAGCUACCAGAGAAUUUUCCCAAAGAGAUCCCAGGGACAUGUUACUUCCUGGAGGCGGGGACAUCUCACAGCCACGCCUCAUUGACCAGCUCUCGCUCCGCUCCCCCGGCCUCUAUGAGGAAAGUCUCCUACAGCAUUGGGACCAUGUUUCUAAGAGAAACAAGUUUGUAGGUCCCACACACAGACUAGGAUACACACUUAUGAUGUGAGAGGCUGAAUUUGAACCUGUGAGACAUGCAGGGAACAGAUCACACGGAUCUUUGGAUAUGCAAAUGCGUUCUGUGAAAACUUGGAUUCAGACCUAUGGGAAGUCCUAUAUGAAUGAAACUUUAAAAAAAUACUCUCAUCAUAGAUGAAAAAGAACAACACGCCCUCAUCUCCCCUGAGCAAGGGAGAUAUGGUUCAAAAGACUUGAGGAACAGCAACUAUGCUCAUCUAACGUGGACCCUUCCCCAAGGAUGUGUACUAAUGGGGUCAAUUAGCAGAGAAACCUUAAUAUAAAACUUAGUUAUCUAGCUGGAUUCCUCAGCUCCAUACCUGGUUUCUAGUUCUCUCCAGUUGUCCUCUUUCAAAAACAGUACCUUGACGUGGGUUUACAGGCAACAAUGCUCGGAGAAAACCCCAUUUACGUGACCAGUGUUGCACUCAUUAGCAAUGGAAUUGCGCAUUCAGAACAAAUCCACUUUCCGUUAAUGAAGUGGAUGCUGAGGUAUGAAGUUGUACGAACUUUUAGAAGAUGGCAACAUUGUCACAAAUGUUUGCUGUGCAUCAUGGCCUCUUGUACAAGGAAGACCAUUACUGAAGAACAAUACAACUCCCCUUCCCUAAAUCAUGUCAUGCUUUACCAAACAUACUUCUAACAUCUGCUGCUCGUUGCAUCCAUCCGACAACGUAGGACCAGUUGGCCGAUGUGUGGAGAGAUGAAUGAGAGGCACAGAUAAGGAGAUAGGUUUGAAAAAGGGGUCAUCAAAGGACAAAUGCCAAAAACACUAGUACUAAGCUGAUCUUAGAGCCUUUUCUGCUUCUAACCCACAGCAAACUAUAACCAACUGCAAUCCAGCCAUUUCAUUGCAGGUAAUAUGUUUAGGACUGAAAAUUAUUCCCAGCUCAGUGCCUUUUUUACUGCUCAAAUCAGGACACAGAUGAGAUGGAUUCAUUUUAAAUAUUUGACACAAGGAGCGCUUCAUUUAUCUUAUGUUUUCUCUUAAGACAUUUUUAUGACAUUUCUGUGUUGUUAACUACACUGGAGAGUGUUAGAUUUGAAUGAGAGAUUGACAUGUGCCAAACGUUUUGAACCACAUUUGAAGACAUGAUGGUGCAAGUCGCGGCAGGCCGGCGCCUUAUCCCACCAAGCUACCAAGAGCCCUGACUGUCUUUCAUUUUUAGACAGUCACGAAUGACUGGAAAGAUAAAUCAAGCGCUUCUCAGAUAGUUCAAAUAUUUAAAAUUUUAUUCAUCUGUUUUUUUUGUUUUUUUUUUUGUCCCGAUCAACCAAUAAUACACACAAUAUAGUACUAAUAAUAUAGUACUGUACUAACUUGUACAUCUAGUCACAAUGUGCAUGCUUGACACGGUUCACAUUUACAUAAGUAAUUGUUUUUAUUUGCAUUGUUUUCACCACAUGGGUAUAAAAGUAUACACAAGCCCCAUGCAAAUGUAACCAACAGGACGCAAAUUCGAGUCUACCAGUUUGCUGGUAGACUGAGUAUGAUUUACAAAGUGGAAAUCUCAGGCCUUCCAAACACUUAAACGUAUAGCUCAGUAACCCAGGCACAGGAAAAUAAAUUUUGUUUAAGAGAAUAUCCAUUAACUGCCAUCAUGAAAUAAGAAGUAAAGGUUUAAAGUUGGAUAGCUUUUAAAUAUUUUACAGAUUGGCACAUCUGAAUACUUAAUGUGACUUGCAUUAUAUUGCUGCCAGUGUUGUCUUUGGUUGUUGACAUCACAUAGAUGUGACAUCAGUGACGUACAAACCAUUAACUAGGUUUAUAUCAGUUUGAUUAGCUGAUUGUUACAGACCCACAGAGAUAACAACAGUAUUUGUAGGAGGUGUUAGUUUCCAUACAAUAUUAUGGUUGUGAUGUUGAUAGCAAUGUUUUUAUUAUCAAAUGAGGUACACAGAUUUGUCAACAUCGUCAAUUCUGAUUUUAAUUUACUAUUAAUGACAAAAUAAGUUCUGAAAUAAUCUAUAGGAUGUUUAAAUUUGACUAAGUGGUACUUCCUGUGCGUGCUUGCCUUCUUGGAGUAAACAAUUCUACAACAACAUGGCUUACAUUACCAACAAAACAACAUCAUAACUAAACUGUUAAAAGCUGCUCUUCAAAAUGGCAGAAUAUAUUUUUUAUAAAUCCAGCAUAUACUCCAGUUCACUUUUAAAUCACAACUCUCCACCAGGAAUGAAAGGAAACCACAUGUUAUAUUUGAUCACAUAUUGCCAAAUGACAUACUGAUUGCUAAACCUCUAGAAGAUCAAAUAAAAUGUGCCAAUUAUAUCAUUAUAUUCCGAGACACCACCAGCACAGGCUAAUCUGGCUCUUUAAGUAGAGGAUUGGGUUUCUUCUGUCUGCUGUGUACAGUAAGUUCAGUUGUUAAAGGGCAGUACCAGCACAUUUUGACAGCCAAACACUUUGUCAACUCACUGGUCUUGGCGGGGUUUCAACAAGAACAUAUGCUGGCUAUAAUAUGUAAAACACAGCUUGUAGGAAAACAUCAGAAGGGUAAUUUACCCAAGACAGGAAAACUAAUGUCCAUCUGGCCGAACGUUACACCCACUAAAGGGCAUUAUGCCCUUAAACUGAGAUUGACACCAGCAUAAUGAAGCAAUGUGCCAUAUAUGAGGAAAGGAUGGGAAAAACAGGACAGUUAAAAGACUUUGUUUUUACCUGCCAGUGCUGAACCAGAGAUGGUUCACAAGUGCUUGAAAACUUUGGUCAGUAGUCAUUGUUGCCAUAAAGUACUGUCAUCAGAUUUUCUGACAGCAGUAGCAUCUGAAAGCUUGAAACGCUUGCACAUUCACAGCUCAUAAAGGUCCUCAUAAAUCUUAGUAAUGAAAAUAGACAUUUUUAAGAAUAUUUUUACCAUAUACCCCAGAGUCUUUUACAUAUUUACUGUGAACAAAAAAAGCAAUGUGGCUAUAACCUAUUUUUCAAAAUUGAUUCCUGUCGCUUUAAAUACUAUGCAGUAAAGAGCUAAUAAUGGACGAGACAAUAACACCUAAAGAUAAAUCCAGUCAGUCAAAGAGUCUAGAGCAAAGUUUCAGCCUAAAAAUAUCAGCAGUAUAACACACACACACAUUCUUGUACUUCUAUCUUUGUGAGGACCCCCAUUGACGUAUUGCAUUACCUAGCCCCUUACCCUAACUGUAAUCAUCACAACUACAUGCCUAACUCCAACCCUAACCCUAACCUAAACCUAAUUCUAACCUGAACCCUAAAACCAUGUCUUAAACCCUCAAACAGGCCUUUGAAAAAGUGAGGACUGGCCAAAAUGUCCUUACUCUGUUGCUAAAAUACAUGUUUUGGUCCUCACUGUGUAGCAUGUACAAGUACACACACAUGCACACACACACACAUAUGAGUAUCAACUCCAGAUUAGGUGCCAUUGUUAAGUAGUAGCUCAACCUUGCAAUCUUAAAACUAGCAAAUUUAUACAGUAUAACAUUAUUUAAAGAUAAGUUACAAUGAUGAAGUCAGUGGAUUAUUUUUUUGUGGAGCUUUGCUACAUCUGUUAGAAAGCAGCACAAUAUUUGCAUUUUAUUGCUUUGUUGCUACAAAGCCAAAACAAUUACUGAGAUGUAAAGGUCUAUAAUAAUCAUGUUUUUUUCAUGAUAUGAUAGAGAACCAGAAUCUACAACACCUACCUGUGAUAUCAAUGAAACAUACAUGCUGUGUAUAUGUAUACAUCAGUGUUUCAGAAGAUUAACAUUUUGACAUUUUUCUGUGCAAAGUCCAAUAGGUCCAAUAUAAUCGCCCAACACAGUACUGUGAGAGAAGAGUCAGAGGAAAGUUCUAAAGCUCCGGAAAAAGUGUUUACUGCUAAGCAUUAUAUUUGCAUGACGAUUAAGUUUGAUGUAAUGAUUUCUUUAGUUGAGCUUAAUCAAAAAUUCUGGAAGGAUAAAUGAUCCAUAAGUAAACACAGGACAAGACUAGUUUGAUGUCACUCAUGGCAGAAGAUGUAGGGUGCUUCAGAGGGGGCAAUAUCCACAAUUAAAGUUCAUUUGUACUCCUUUUAUGUAAGAAAAUAGAUAAGUUCUUUUAUGUGACCGUCAUUGCCCCCAUACUUCCAUGCAUCCUGUAUUAGAUGCAUCCAAGAGAUUGCACCAGAUGGCAGAGUCCAAAGUUUCUGACAACAACAAACAUGGCGACAGUAGAGCAGGUUUUAAUGAUGCAUUUUUAACAGAGGCAGUGUUGUAGACAGCAGUGACCUGUGAGGUCAUUACAUUGUACUGAACAUUUGGUUUAGCUUUCUGCUAACUUGAAUGGAGAUAAAAUGACUUAAUCGUACGGGUCUUCAAGACUUUUAAAUGUUAUCCGAACAAAUGGAUCAAAUCUCCAUUUUGAGGGGGGUGUGACACUAAAAGAAAAGCAUCUACUUAUUUACAGAUGUCUCUUUCAUUAUAUAGGUCUAUGGGAAAAUGUCUUUUUGGUCCCAGUGGCAUCAUGUGACGGAUCCAAACAUUGUAAUUCCAUGUUUGGCUUCUCCGUAAAAUUGGCUUCAAAGCUUGGCGCUGUUCCUGAGGGCUUAUAUAUUACUCAUUUGUUCCAUUCCGCCAUUUCUAAAAUCUCAUUUCCUACUGUCAUAUCUCACCGAAACUACUCUACACUGCCCCCACGAUCUCCGAUGGAACUGCUCUGUUUUGUCAGUACCUGUAAGCUUUCACAAAACGUGCACAAAUACAGACUAAAUGAAAGCAGAUUAUGAACAGAGGGCUUCGUCCAUGUCCGUAUACUGUACGGAUCUAAUGAGCAUAAAGGAGUCAUUAGAGUACUCUCUAAUCCAGGAACCAAGUAGACAUGAUUAGAUACAUGUCAUUAAAGAAUAAUGAGGAAGUGCCAGUGAGUGAUGGUUAAUUAUGACUACAGUGUUAAUUAUAAUGGUUGCUAGUUUAGCAGACUAGCCAUGACACUGAAGACGCUGUCUACUGUGUUUGACUGUACAUGAAACAAUAAGUUAGGUUUUUCCGACUGCCAUCCUGGCAAUAUUCUACAGUGCAUACAUGCAUUAAUGUUUGCUUAAUAAAUCUAAUGUAGCAUAAAUGUAGUGCAGGUUUCCUUUACACUCAACUUCAUCAGUGCCUGAAUUCUGCAUCCAGGCUAAAAAAAGGACAUUACACCAGCGUUACACCCACACAACUUGUGUCCAAUGCUCAUGUCUCCAAGUCUGUAAAUUCUCAACAUAAUAUUAAACGUUUGGUCAGAUCUUACAAGUCUUGCUGUUAUGAUGUGGAGGUGUUGCAGGUACUGGUUCUCUGUGUUGUUCUUGUCACUAAUGGACCAUUACACUGCAGUGCAUACUGUAGGUCACUCACUCACACACAGGAAUACAUCACAGUUACAGUGGCAAUAAAAUUGUGCUGCACUGUAAACGCUGUGUCAAACAAUGAACACGAUGUUGUCUGAUGUAAGUUUGGAAGGGUCCAGUGUCCAGUGAGACAAAGCCAAAUACAUCCGUAACUCCAGCAACUGUUGUGUGUGUGUUUGUGUGUGUGUGUGUCUAACAAUAUAAGAACAUAUUGAGUUUGCAGAUGUACAAACAUAAUAAUUAGUUAAAGGCCUAUUGCACUUGUAACAAAUCUCUGAAAUUUAGAUCUAUUUAAUAUAUUAAAACUGAAAAAUGAAAAUUAUAUUGCAGAUUUUUUUGGUAUAAUUCACAAAAUUAUUUGACAUUAUCACAUUUUCCACUGCUCUGUUGUCCAUUUUCUAUUUCAGAUACUUUAUGUCAGUAUGUGCCAUCUAAAGCCGAGCUGGUUUUCCCAACAUGCUAGUGUCCCACAAAGCCUUUGCACCUUUGAGAAAUGUCUUUCUUUUUUCCAAGACAAAAAAAAAAUGUAGAUUUUUCCAUUGACACUUGUAUUUUUUUCAUUCAACAUCAAAUUUUAAAUGGUUUUCCUAAACGAUGGAUUUAUGAAACAUUUUCUUUAACUAAAUGAGCAUGACACUGUCAUUUUUAUUGAGAAAUAAAGUUGCUUAACAUAUGUUUUUUGCAGGACAUUGUUGUAAACUGUCUUGUUGCCAAGAUCAACUUCACCCUCACUGACUUGCAGUAAAAAACGGGUCGAAGCUGAUGGGAAACUGGUCCCUAUUUGUUCAACAUUAGCCUGGUUUUAACAACAGAAACAAACAUGAUGGAUGCUUGUCAUCCGUGUCCAGGGUCCACAAAAAAUCCAGCCAUCCUAAAGGAUGCUCACUACUCCACCAAUCUACAAGGCGUCACCCACAUCAGAAUAGUAGCUUCCAUACAUUUGUUCACCAGUUCAGUUUAAAACUAAUAAAGUAUACGUGGCAUUUAACAAUUCAAUAUUCUACUGGGAUCUUGCUCAGACGUCACUUCGGGAACCACUGGUCAGUGUCACGUGUCUAAAACAUGGUUAGUGUUUUGUACUUUGAUGUCAUGCUGUAAACAUACAGAGCUGAUCCUGGACAUGAAUCCUGUUUGACCCUGCUGUUGGAAUCAGGUGUAUAUGUGUAUGAGGCUUGAUGACAGCUGUUGGUUUCAGACUGACAUUUAAGGGCACAUCCUCUGUCUUAUAUGAUGUAAAUAAAAAACACCAAGUAUCUUUA